UCCCCAAUAUAAUUGAUUAUUGAUCGACUGUUAUAGCUAUUUGAAAAUAUUUAUAUUUCCAGGGUUUUUGCCUUCGAUACCUUUACUCAUUGAAAUGAUAGCCAUUUCCUCAUGAAUGUGAACGAUGGGCGUAUCAUUCGUUAUAAAUUAGUGCGACUAUUUUAACUGGGAAUAUUUCGAAAGAAUGAAAAGUAAAGGGCAAAUACAACUACAACGCGUCAUGCCAGGAUACUUCUCAUGAUGCGUUAACGCGCGUCAUAAGUACGCUGACGUAAAGCGCCGCGCAGUUCAUAUCCUCGUGUAUUUUCAACAAUAAUGGGUUUUUUUUUCUAAUUACACUGGACAUGAAAUUUAAAAAUACCUCAAUGUAAUUUUAAUCAGUCGAUGUCGUAGUAAUUGUUUGGCUAUUUGAUAACAUUUAUUAGAAUUUACAAAAGGAGAGAUUUUUUAAAGUUAAAAAUGGAAAUAAGUUUCACAACAUAAACGAAUUAUGCUUUCGUAUUCAACUGGUUGAGUGGGAAUCUUUUGAUGGUUUGUCAAUUUCAAUUAUUUCGAUAUGCUUUCUCCAAAAAAAACAACAACAAAAAAACAAAAACCAAAGGUACAGACAAUCUUGUAAUGUUUGCUAGAUGUCUUUUAUAAGUUUUUAACGAUUAUCCUAUAUAACUACACACGUUUAAAUUCAUAAGAAAUAUCAAACUGUACCCUAUGUGUAUGUAUGUUGUUUAAUUUCAAACUGUCAUUGAAGUGUAUGCAAAAAAAAUUUAAUUUCACACUGUCCUCUAUUACAUAUUUAUGUAUUUUCUUUAUGUAUGUUGUACGUGUGUGUUAAUUUAUGUGUUUUACUGAUUAAUGUCAGUCAAUAGCUACACAAGGCUAGCGAUUUUGUUCCAUAUAAUCUGACUCUAAGAACAUAGGAUACCCCUCAAAAAGUUGAUUAUAGAAUUUUGUAAAUGUUUCAAUUUUGCUAAAACCCAUAUUUACAUCAAAUCACGUCAUUAUCAUUAUCAUCAGUACUAUCUCUUUUUAUUUUUCACAAAUCUUUACUUGAAAAUUCAAUAAAGAAUAACAAUAUUUCAUUUCAGUAGUUACCGUUGAAUUUUCAAUUUUAAUGCAUCAAAAUUCGAAAAGCAAUGACUGUGGUUUAUUUUUUAUCCGAAUGAAGCACAGUGAUGUUGAAGUAUGGAGCUGCAAUGUAUACUAAAUACACUUAUAUGUAGCUAUGUUAAAUCCUUCCUUUUCCAACUUUCCCAGCACCAUUUGUACUGAUAAGAAAUUAUAUGAGUUCUUCGUAGUUUUUCUUGAAUACCACAAUAUCUUUCUACAGGUAGUUGGAGGUGUCGCAAAGUAGGAUGAGUGGCAAACUGCACGUGCCUAAAUUGAGUUAUCAUUCCACUAUCUUUAAACUCCUCAAUUAUUUCAAAUUUGCAGCCCUCGUAUUUAAUUGUAAUUUGAUCAACUUUGUAAACAUUCAUAUUCAUCACCUGUUAUUUUCAUUUGCAAAUAAAGAUAUAUUAACACACACUCUAUUUCACUAUAUUUGAUAGUGGUGGUGUUUGAAAAGAAUGUAAGCUUAACAGUUAUAGAUCAAACCUAUGUGUGUCGAAAGCUUUCAGGCAUAUACAACCUCCUUUUAGUUCACCUCGGCUAAAACCUCAAGUAAGCUAUUCUCAUCACUCAAUGUCCAUCGUCCGUCUGCAAACUUUUCACAUUUUCGAAUUUUUCUUUAGAACCACUGGGCCAAUUUCCACCAAACUUAGCUGAAGAGCAUCCUUGGGUAAAGGGGAUUUAACUUUGUUCAAAUGAAGGGAAAUGCCUUCUAAAAAGGGGGGGAUAAUCACGAACAGGCAAAAUUAUGUUCUCAUUAAAAAAGCUUAUUCUCGAGAACCACAAGGCCGGAAAAGUUUAAGUGUAGAUGAAAACUUUCUGACAUAGUGCUCAUUCAAGUUUGUUCAAAUCAUGGUUCCUGGAAGUAGGAUGGGGCCCCAAUAUGGGAUCAAAGUUUUACAUGCAAGUAUAUAGGGAACAUCCUCUCAAGAACCAAUCAAAUUUGCAUUAAAGCUUCCUAACAUAGUGCAGAUUCAAGUCUGUUCAAAUUAUGGACCCAGGGGAUAAAGUGGGGCCACAAGAGGGGUCAAAGUUUUGCAUGUGUGUGUUUAUGGAAAAUCUUUUAAAGAUAUUCUUCUCCAGAACCACUGGGCCAGAAAAGUUUCAAUUUACCUGAAAGCUUCCUGAAAUAGUGCUAAUUCAAGUUUGUUCAAAUGAUGGCUCCAAUAUCCACAAUGAGGGAAUCAACGUUUUACAUGUGAGUAUAUAGCUAUAGGGAAAAUCUUUGAAAAUUGUAUUCUAAAGAAACCACAAGGCAAGAAAUUAUCAAAUUUACAUAAAAGGUUCCUGACAUAGAAAAGAUCAAAGUGUGUGCAUUCAUUGUUCCAGGUUGUAGGUUGAGGCCCUAAUAGGGAUACUGCUUGACUUAUCGAAGUUUCAGAGAGAAGUAUAUCGAUGAUUUUUGCUCUCCAGAAAGGCAUAUUAAUGCGUUUGAAGUCUGUAAAAAUUAAUCUUCACAUUCCAGAAGUAAUAAUGAUUUGUGUCUCUCUUCCUAACUUCAUUCAUCAAAAUGAAAUUGAAGAUUUGGAGUUCCUUCUUAUGACAAACAACUAUAAUAUUUCUCAGCAAUGAAUCACAAUGAAGCAGAGAAGAGUCUGGCUCUAGAAACAGUUUUGUAACUGUUUGGCGUCCUUCUGGCGGAUAUAUUGAUGUUGAUGUGUUUAACUCUGGGAUAUGUCUGAGAUACAACGCUUAGUCUUUUUCCUACUCAAACUGUUGUGUGUUAUGCGAACAAAUGCAAACACUGAAAGGACCAUCUGCCUGACGGAUCUUCUCUCAUUCUAUGAUGCUGACCAAUCAUGUUCAUUUACAAAACAAAUGUUCUUCUGGAACUUUGAAGAUAGUGGAAAAGUUUGUCUGGUCACUUGCACAUUAAAGGCAUUGACACCAGAUCUGAAAGACGGUACGACAUAUGAACUUGAAAAACUGGAAAUUAAAUUCUCAAACACCUUCUUCACUUUCACAAUGAGGAAACCAUGUGGACAUGUUAGAAACACUGACGUGGAAAUAACUAUGACGUGUGAUGAAAGGGGAUUUUACGAAAGAAGAAUAGGUGAAUCCUGCACUAACCAAAGCCAAUGUAAUGUUAGCAACCCUUAUUCGACGUGUAAUCCUACAAAUGGUGUAUGCGAAUGCAAAGAGGGAUAUUUUGAAAUCUUCAACACAUGUUUUCAAGAGAAGAGAAUAGGUGAAUCCUGCACUGAAAACAGCCUUUGUGAUGUCAGCAACCCUAAUUCGACAUGCAAUACUUCAAAUGGUGUCUGGGAAUGCAAAGAGGGAUAUUUUGAAAUGUUCAACACUUGUUUUCAAGAGCAUCUUUCGAUGGGUGAGACAUGCGAAUUAAAUGAACAAUGCAUGGGGAACAGAGAAGUUGGGUUUUGUAGACAAACAGAAGGAGGCAAAGUAUGUUCGCCUUUUCCGGAAACUGAUGAUGUCCAUUCGUCUCAACAUGGAGACAUAACACCGACAAAGUCGUCAAGUGAAGGUUUUCAAACUAACAGUAUGCCAAACUCGACGAAGCAUUCGUCUGCUGAUAGCUUUGAAACAACACUGACAUACGCAUCAAAAGAAAUGGCAAGGAAUAACGACCUCCCAGUUGGUAUGAUUGCUGGUGCUGCGGCGGCGGGGUUUGUUUUAGGGAUCAUUUUCUGCGGGAUUUUCUGUGUUAUGCUCUCACGAUGCAAGAAAUCGACGUCUGAGAAGAGGUCUGUCGAGUUCGCUGCAACUGUCGAUAACUACGGUUUUAACGUUGUUGCAAUAAGCACUGGAAAAACAGAACAAAAGACAGUUCAGGUAUCAGAGGAAAGAUCUCGGAAACAUGUCGACCGGAAAGGACAGACGUCACCGCCUGAUGACAUCUAUAACCACCUUAAUGAGGCUUCCGGUAUGUCGGAUAUCCAGCCUGAAUACGACCAUGUCCCCUCUAAUGAUACAAAUGGCGAAACAUAUCAUCGUCUAGAUUUAAACAUCACCAGAAAUGCAAAUACAACGCCACUGGUUGAUAUGGAGAAUCAUUAUGACUAGAACCUUUGUGAUAGUGACGGUGUACAUAGCGAUGCCCCCCUUCCCCAAUAUAUUGAUCGACUGUUAUAGCUAUUUGAAAAUAUUUAUAUUUCCAGGGUUUUUGCCUUCGAUACCUUUACUCAUUGAAAUGAUAGCCAUUUCCUCACGAAUGAGAACGAUGGGCGUAUCAUUCGUUAUAAAUUAGUGCGACUAUUUUAACUGGGAAUAUUUCGAAAGAAUGAAAAGUAAAGCGCAAAUACAACUACAACACGUCACGCCGGGAUACUUCUCAUGACGCGUUAACGCGCGUCAUAAGUACGCUGACGUAAAGCGCCGCACAGUUCAUAUCCUCGUGUAUUUUCAACAAUAAUGGGGUGUUUUUUUCUUCUAAUUACACUGGACAUGAAAUUUAAAAAUACCUCGAUGUAAUUUUAAUCAGUCGAUGUCGUGGUAAUUGUUUGGCUAUUUGAUAACAUUUAUUGGAAUUUACAAAAGGAGAGAUUUUUUAAAGUUAAAAAUGGAAAUAAGUUUCACAACAUAAACGAAUUAUGCUUUCGUAUUCAACUGGUUGAGUGGGGAUCUUUUGAUGGUUUGUCAAUUUUCGAUAUGCUUUCUCCAAAAAAAAAAAAAAAAAAAAAAAAAAAAGUACAGACAAUCUUGUAAUGUUUGCUACAUGUCUGUUAUAAGUUUGUAACGUAAAUCCUAUGUAACUACACACGUUUUAAUUCAUAAGAAAUAUCAAACUAUACUCUAUGUGUAUGUAUGUUGUUUAAUUUCAAACUGUCAUUGAAGUGUAUGCAAAAAAAUUUAAUUUCACACUGUCCUCUAUUACAUAUUUAUGUAUUUUGUUUAUGUAUGUUGUACGUGUGUGUUAAUUUAUAUGUUUUACUGAUUAAUGUCAGUCAAUAGCUACACAAGGCUAGCGAUUUUGUUCCAUAUAAUCUGACUCUAAGAACAUAGGCUACCCCUCAAAAAGUUGAUUAUAGAAUAUUGUAAAUGUUUCAAUUUUGCUAAAACCCAUAUUUACAUCAAAUCACGUCAUUAUCAUUAUCAUCAGUACUAUCUCUUUUUAUUUUUCACAAAUCUUUAAUUGAAAUUCAAUAAAGAAUAACAAUAUUUCAUUU